AGAGAGAUAGAGACAGAGACAAAAAGCAAUGAAGAAGAGAGAGAGAGAGAGAAGGGGGAGAGAAAGAGAUAAAGAAAGAAAAAACAACAACAACAAAGAAUGAGAUAGAAAGAAGAGAGAGAGGGAGAGAGUGUUAUAUUAAAGCUGGUGUGUUGCUGAAGAGAAGAGGUGGUCGACUCAUUCACCAUCGCCGCCGCCAUCAUCACCGCCGUUGCCGAGAGGGAGAAGGAGAGAAACUGUUACCGUUUAUAAUAAUGGCUGGCCGUCGCCUGGCUUCCAAAGAUUUGUGAAUGAAGGUUCCCUCCAGAGGAAGAUUCCUGAAUUGGACUGAUAUUAUCAGCCUCUGGCCUCAUGAAUGGAAUCACCGUUUACAGCACCACACACACACACACCAACACAUCCAGCAUUGUGUCAUUCAUAGAUGCUGUGUGUAACCCUGGCUUCGAAUGCAAAAGCUGAAAUUCUUUGUAUUUUAUAUAUAUUUUUCGUUUAUUGGAAAACGAGAUCAAACCGGUUCAAAGACAUGAACCAAAUGUGUUUUUGAUGAUUUUAAUUAAAACAAAACUAUUUCAAAAGGUCGUUAACUAAACAAAAGCAAGGCCUUCCCAUUUGCUCCUUCUCUGUCUUUCUCUCUCCUUUCUGUUCCCCACCACCACCACCACCACCACCACACAAUAUGUCUUCUGCUCCAAACCGCCUUAUAAAAUAUUCUACUGAAAACUCUUUACCCAUAGAAUAUACCAGAAAACUUCAGUAUGCUGUUAACCAGGGCCCACUGCCCUCGGCCAUUGCAGCAUUGUCACAGGCCAACAAUGUAUCGACACAGCCAAUUGCAGCGACAUCAGCAACGGCAGCAGUUGUGUCGACCCCAGCAGUAGCAUCACCACCCCCUCCACAGCCACCACCACCACCAUCCCCAGCAACAACAGUAGCAACAACUAGCACUUCGAUUAUUCCUCGUAUAUCCACCCUGAACGACAAACCUUUCUAUGGGGGCAUUUAUAACAACCAGUUGUCCAGUUAUUACUUACAGCCCCAUGGAAUGCUGCCUAAUGUUGCCCCACCACAGAAGCUUGUCCCGAACUGUUAUCUGCCGCAGGGCCACGACAAACAGUUGAGCACCAACGACAACAAGGUCCACCAAGGGGUCAACAGUCUCCCUAAAUACCAAUCAAUGCCAGUCAUUCAGAAAGCUGAUACGCCAGUCAAGUCAUUUCAUUGUGGCAGUUGUGAAAAGAGCUUUGCCAGGAGAAGUGCAUUGCAGCUGCACCAGAGACUGCACACGGGCGAGAAACUGUUCCAUUGCACGUUUUGUGCCAAAAAGUUUGUUCACCGAGACAAAUUACAAAUCCACGAACGAAUUCACACAGGGGAGAAACCGUUCCAUUGUGAGAUCUGCACGAAACAGUUUUCUAGGAAGGACAAGUUAAAGAUUCACAUGAGCUCCCACACGGGUGAGAGGCCUUACCAUUGCAACUACUGCCCAAAACAGUUUGUCCUGAAAGACAAACUACAGAUCCACGAACGGACCCAUACUGGGGAGAAGCCGUUUAUGUGUGAAAUCUGUUUGAAGAAGUUUGCACGAAGCGAUCGUUUGAAAAUCCAUCGAAGGACCCACACGGGGGAGAAGCCCUACCACUGUGACCUCUGCCCCAAACAGUUUGUCCAGAGAUGUUACUUAAAGAUUCAUCGUAGAAUUCACACGGGGGAGAAGCCAUUCCAGUGUGAUGUCUGCCAGAAGGACUUUGCACGCAAGGAUAAGUUACAGAUUCACAUGCGGACGCACACGGGCGACAAACCUUUUGAUUGCGACAUGUGCUCUGAGCAGUUCACGCGUAAAGUGCAGCUGCAGGCACAUAAGAAACACGUGCAUGCAGUUAUGAGCAAAUUGUUCUGCUGCGAGGUGUGCAUGCUGCAGUUUAGCGAACGGGAUGAAUUGCAGAUCCAUCAGACGACACACGCCGGCCUCAUGUCAUUCCAGUGCGAUGUGUGCAACAAGGAAUGCGCAACAAUGAGUAGCUUGGAGAGCCACAAAAGGACACACGAGGUAUUUAUGAAGCCCACACUGUGCAAAAACAUCAAGGAAUACAGCCCAGGGAACCUUUUGUGGGGCCCAGUCCAUCCUCAAACAUAAACUCCAUUCAUGUACAACUGCAGUAUGCCCCCACCCCACCCCCCAGUAUAAAUCUCUGUCCCUUUCUUUCUCCUGUCCCCUCCAACACAACAUGUUUGUAUACAUAUAUAUAUCAACAUACAUGUACAUAUGUGUUCUCACCUAAAUAUAUAUAUCUGUAUACAUGUGCACAUAAACACUCUGAAAUAUUUACAUAUGUUAUUCACACAAUUAUGAUGCAUAGAAUUAUAUUAACAUAUAUACAUUCACAAAUACAAACUUUGACAUAUAUAUGU